AUGUCUAUCGAUUUUCCCGCCGAGGAGGAGCUCAUCCUCAAGCGGUGGAGGGAGAUUGAUGCCUUCCAGCGCCAGGUCGAGCUCUCUCGAGGCAAGAAGCCAUAUACUUUCUACGACGGCCCGCCCUUCGCUACCGGUCUCCCUCACUAUGGCCAUCUGCUGGCUUCUACAAUCAAGGACAUCAUUCCCAGAUACUGGGCUAUGAAGGGUCACUAUGUUGAGCGACGCUUUGGUUGGGAUACGCAUGGUGUCCCCGUCGAAUACGAAAUCGAUAAGAAGCUUGGCAUGUCCGGUCUGGAGGCCGUCGAGAAGAUCGGAAUUGCGAAGUACAACGAGGAGUGCCGGGCUAUUGUCAUGCGUUUCGCCGCUGAAUGGCGCCAGACCAUCGAGCGCCUGGGUCGCUGGAUCGAUUUCGACAACGACUACAAGACAAUGAACACUAGCUUCAUGGAGUCUGUCUGGUGGGUUUUCAAGGAGCUGUUCGACAAGGGCCUUGUCUACCGCGGAUACCGAGUCAUGCCCUACUCCACCGCCCUGAACACUCCCCUCAGUAACUUCGAGGCCCAGCAAAACUACAAGGAUGUCCAGGAUCCCGCUAUCGUUGUCACUUUCCCCCUCUUGGAUGACCCUGAGAUCUGCUUGCUUGCAUGGACCACCACUCCUUGGACCCUUCCCUCCCACACCGGUCUCUGCGCCCACCCAGACUUCGAGUAUGUGAAGAUCUAUGACGAGGCCACCAAGAAGAACUACAUCCUUCUGGAGUCUUUGCUCCGCACCAUUUAUAAGGACCCGAAGAAGGCCAAGUUCAAGAUUGUUGAUCGCAUCAAGGGUUCCGACAUGCUUGGAUGGAAGUACGAGCCCCUCUUUGACUAUUUCUACGAGGAGUUCAAGGAUCAUGGCUUCCGCGUGCUGAACGAUGGUUAUGUCACGGCUGAGGAUGGUGUGGGUAUUGUCCACCAAGCCCCUGCCUUCGGUGAGGACGAUUAUCAGGUCGCCGUCAACCAUGGUGUUAUCAACGAGACCCGUCACCCUCCGAACCCAGUAACCCCGCAGGGUUGCUUCACUAAGGAAGUUCGGGACUUUGUCGGACAGAACGUGAAGGAUGCCGAUAAGGCAAUUAUCAAGCACCUCAAGGGAACCGGUCGCAUCCUUGUUGAUAGCCAGAUCACUCACAGCUACCCCUUCUGCUGGCGAUCUGACACCCCCCUCAUUUACCGUGCGGUGCCUUCCUGGUUCGUGAAGAUCACUCCCAUCAUCCCUCAGAUGCUGGAAGGCAUCGAGGAGUCCCACUGGGUCCCUUCCUUUGUCAAGGACAAGCGAUUUGCUAGCUGGAUCAAGAACGCUCGUGAUUGGAACAUUUCUCGGAAUCGUUUCUGGGGUACACCCCUUCCUCUGUGGGUCAGCGAUGACUACCAGGAGAUUGUCGCCGUUGGAAGCGUCGAGGAACUCAAGAAAUUGAGUGGCUACACCGGUGAACUCACCGAUCUCCACCGUGACAAGGUGGAUCACAUCACCAUCCCGAGCAAGCAGGGUAAGGGUGAACUCCGUCGUGUGAGCGAGGUGUUCGAUUGUUGGUUUGAGUCUGGCAGCAUGCCUUACGCCUCCCAGCACUACCCCUUCGAGAACAAGGAGCAGUUCGAGAACAGCUUCCCGGGUGACUUCAUUGCCGAGGGUCUCGACCAGACCCGUGGAUGGUUCUACACCUUGACCGUCCUCGGCACCCACCUGUUUGGCAAGCUUCCCUUCAAGAACUGCGUGGUUAACGGUAUCGUUCUUGCUGAGGAUGGUAAGAAGAUGUCCAAGCGUCUGAAGAACUACCCGGAUCCUACCCUUAUUAUGGACCGCUACGGUUCGGACGCUCUGCGUCUUUACCUGAUCAACUCUCCAGUUGUUCGUGCCGAGCCCCUCCGUUUCAAGGAGACAGGUGUCAAGGAGAUUGUUAGCAAGGUUCUCCUGCCAAUGUGGAACAGCUACAAGUUCUUCGAAGGUCAAGUGGCUCUUUUGAAGAAGGCCUCUGAUGUCGACUUCAUGUUCGAUCCCGCGGCCGAGGCCACCAACACCAACGUCAUGGAUCGUUGGAUCUUGGCCAGUUGCCAGAGUCUUCUGAUGUUCGUCAACCAAGAGAUGGCUGGUUAUCGCCUGUACACAGUCGUGCCUCGCCUGCUGGGCCUGAUUGAGAACACUACCAAUUGGUACAUUCGAUUCAACCGUAAGCGCCUGAAGGGUGAGAACGGCGUUGAUGACACCCUGCAUGCCCUGAACACUCUCUUCGAGGUUCUUUACACCCUUGUCCGGGGUCUUGCUCCCUUCACUCCCUUCAUCACCGACAACAUCUACCAGCGCCUUCUCCCCCACAUCCCCGAGUCCCUACGUGCUGAGGAUAGCCGCAGUGUUCACUUCCUGGGCUUCCCUGAGCCGCGCCAGGAGCUCUUCGAUGAGGUUGUGGAGCGCCGUGUUGCCCGCAUGCAGAAGGUCAUCGAGCUUGGCCGUAUCUCCCGUGAGCGUAAAUCCAUUGCUCUGAAGACCCCCUUGAAGAGUCUGGUUGUUAUCCACCAGGACCAGCAAUACCUUGACGAUGUCAAGUCCCUCGAAGGCUACAUUCUCGAGGAGCUUAACGUUCUCGACCUUGUCCUCUCGUCCGACGAGGCCAAGUACAAUGUCCAGUACAGUGUCAAUGCCGACUGGCCCACUUUGGGCAAGAAGCUCAAGAAGGACGUGCAGAAGGUCAAGAAGGCCUUGCCUUCUCUGUCCAGCGAUGAUGUGAAGAAAUACGUCGCUGACAAGAAGAUCGUUGUUGACGGCAUUGAGCUGGUUGAGGGUGAUCUCGUUGUGAAGCGCGGCAUUAAGGAGGAUUCGGGCUCAUCAGGCAUGGAGACCAACACCGACGCCGAUGUCAUGACCAUUCUGGAUGCCAACCUGUACCCCGAGCUGGCUCACCAGGGUAUCGGCCGUGAGAUCAUCAACCGUCUCCAGCGUCUCCGUAAGAAGGCCGGCCUUGUCCCCACGGACGAAGUUAAGAUGGAGUACAUUGUGCUUUCGGACCCCGAGAACAUCGGUCUGAGCGAGGCCUUCAAGUCCCAAUCUCAGGCUAUCGAGAAGGCUGUUCGUCGGCCGCUCGAUGAGCGUGCUUUGGUUGAUGGCAAGUCACCUAGCGCUGACGAGGAGGGCACCAUUGCACAGGAGGACCAGGAGGUGCAGAACGCAACAUUCUUGUUGCGCCUGGUCAAGCUGUAA